AUGAACUGCGGUGUGGAUUUGGAAGAAGCAUUUUGGCGGGAAAUUUUCAAAAAAGCUGAUGCGAAUCAUGAUGGACGGAUCAGUAAAAAGGAGUUUAAAAAAUACAUGAAACAAUACGGAGGCUCUACAUUUUCUACGAAAGAUUUGCAAACAAUUUUCAGUUACUGUGAUGGAGAUGGGAGUGGUUACAUUGAUUUUAAGGAGUUCAUAAAAUUUAUGCAAGUUGGAAGAUCUGCAUAA